CCAUCGGCGGGGUACAUCCCUAGCUAUUUGGACAAAGAUGAACAGUGUGUUGUAUGUGGAGACAAAGCCACAGGGUACCACUACCGCUGUAUUACCUGUGAAGGCUGCAAGGGCUUCUUCCGACGGACCAUUCAGAAAAAUCUGCACUCAACAUACUCCUGCAAAUAUGAUGGCUCCUGUGUCAUUGAUAAGAUCACUCGCAACCAGUGUCAGCUUUGCCGAUUCAAGAAGUGCAUUGCCGUUGGCAUGGCCAUGGACUUGGUGCUGGAUGACUCCAAGAGAGUAGCCAAACGUAAGCUGAUUGAAGAGAACCGUGAGAGACGGCGCAAAGAGGAAAUGAUGAAAUCCCUUCAGCACCGGCCAGAACCAACAGCAGACGAAUGGGAGUUGAUCCGCAUCGCUAUGGAUGCACACUGCAGUACCAACGCCCAAGGCAGCCAUUGGAAACAGAAGCGGAAAUUCCUGCCUGAAGAUAUUGGUCAGUCACCAAUGGCCUCCAUGCCUGAUGGGGACAAAGUAGACUUGGAGGCAUUCAGUGAGUUUACGAAGAUCAUCACCCCUGCCAUCACCCGUGUGGUGGAUUUUGCCAAAAAACUGCCCAUGUUUUCAGAGCUGCCUUGUGAGGACCAGAUCAUCCUUUUGAAGGGCUGCUGCAUGGAGAUUAUGUCAUUGCGGGCAGCUGUGCGUUAUGAUCCUGAAAGUGAAACCCUGACGCUCAGUGGUGAAAUGGCGGUCAAAAGGGAGCAGCUGAAGAAUGGUGGCUUGGGUGUGGUAUCAGAUGCCAUCUUUGAUCUGGGAAAAUCCCUCUCUGCCUUCAGCCUGGAUGACACUGAAGUGGCACUGCUCCAGGCUGUGCUACUCAUGUCCUCAGACCGCAGUGGGCUAAUUUGUGUUGACAAGAUUGAAAAAUGCCAAGAGACCUAUCUGCUGGCAUUUGAACACUACAUCAAUUAUCGCAAACACAACAUUCCCCACUUCUGGCCCAAGCUCCUCAUGAAGGUGACUGACCUGCGCAUGAUUGGGGCUUGCCACGCCAGCCGCUUCCUGCACAUGAAGGUGGAAUGCCCUACAGAGCUCUUCCCCCCACUCUUCCUCGAGGUCUUUGAGGAUCAGGAAGUUUAGGGUGUG